GGUGCAGAGGAUGUGUGCGGUGAGGCGGAUGCUGCUGCUGCUGCUGGCUUUCCUGGCCUACGCACUGGAUUCGGCUGCGGCGUAUGGCACGGCGGAGACCCUCUGUGGUGGGGAGCUGGUGGACACGCUGCAGUUCGUCUGCGGGGACAGGGGCUUCUACUUCAGUAGACCAGUGGGACGAAAUAACCGGCGGAUCAACCGGGGGAUCGUGGAGGAGUGCUGCUUUCGGAGCUGCGACCUGGCUCUGCUGGAAACCUACUGUGCCAAGUCCGUCAAGUCCGAGCGUGACCUCUCCGCCACCUCCCUGGUGGGCCUGCCGGCACUCAACAAGGAGAGCUUCCAGAAGCCCUCACACGCCAAGUACUCCAAAUACGACGUGUGGCAGAAGAAGAGCUCCCAGCGGCUGCAGCGGGAGGUGCCCAGCAUCCUGCGGGCUCGCCAGUACCGGUGGCAGGCGGAGGGGCUGCAAGCGGCCGAGGAAGCCAAGGCGCUGCACCGUCCCCUCAUCUCCCUGCCCAGCCAGAGGCCCCCGGCAGUGCGAGCCUCCCCUGAAACGGCUGGCCCCCAGAAAUGAACCCUGACUAGCCAUCUUGAUUUUUUCUCCCCGGGGGGAGGGUGGCGAGACCCGGCCCCCGAGCCCCUCCGUCCCCGGGGCCGCCGAGCCGAGGAGCGGGGUGGCAGGGCACUCUCACGCUGCUCCGGCCCCAACCAAACAACUGACACAGCAAGGAGGGGAUGGCAGCGGCGGCGGUGGUGGCAGCGAGCAGCGCCGCUCCCGCGGCAUCGUCCUUUUGGGGUGGGGGGGAGGGUUGUUUUGUUUCCCAGGCCUGUUUCGUUCCCCCGCACCCCCAGUAUUUCCAAGCCUGUACUUGCAAAGGGACAGUUUGGCACUUGAACUUUUUGCUGCCGGGCACUGUGUGACAUCCCUGGUGCCAACGCCAGAAGACAAAAGAAAGAGCAAGAGGGAAAAAGGAUAUGAAGCUAAAAUUUUUUUUUAAUCUUUUUUUUCUCGAGAAGAGAGUCCAUUCCAUGUCUUUCUUGACAAUAAAGUG